CACCUACUUUUGCGUAGAAUUUAGACGCAGGCGUAAGCUUUCCAGUUUCUUUUUGAGCUGACAGACGCUCAACUCUGGCUGUGCGAUGGUUUGGUUGGAUAUACUUUGGAACCCGGUGUGGGCAUUUUCCACGGCGCUGCUGGCGCUCGUUGUGCGCAUGCAGCGCAGAGGACGCUGGGAUCCGCACGCCUGCCCAGUCCGGCUGAUUGGGAAGACUGCUAUAGUGACUGGAGCCAAUUCAGGGAUUGGAAAGUCCAUUGCCUUGGACUUUGCACGCCGUGGGGCCCGUGUUAUCCUGGCGUGUCGAAGCGAGGCCCGGGGGACAGCAGCACUUAAAGAAAUCCGGGAGAAAACAGGAAACGAUGACAUCCACUUGCGUCUGGUGGAUCUGUCUUCUCUGGACUCUGUCAGAGAAUUUACUAAGAGGAUUCUUGUAGAGGAGAAAGCUCUCCACAUCCUUGUCAACAAUGCUGGAGCAUCAGGUUUACCCAGGCAGAUAACCAAAGAUGGCUUUGACGUUUCUUUUGCCACCAACCACCUGGGACCAUUUCUUCUUACCAACCUGUUGCUGGACCUGAUGAAGCGUUCAGCUCCGGCACGUAUUGUCACCAUCGCCUCAGCAAACCAUGUGAAGGGUCAAGUGGACUUCUCUCAUUUUCAUGGCGAGAACCUCAUUUAUCACAGGGAUAAUGUCUACAACCACACAAAGCUGCACAAUAUCAUCUUUACCAACGAGCUUGCAUGCAGGCUCGAAGGGACAGGUGUCACCGCAAACUCUGUCCACCCUGGUGUUGUCAUGACAGAUGUAUUGAGACACUACCCAUUCAUGAUUCGUUUUCUUUUUAACUGUGUUGGAAUAUUCUUUUUCAAGUCUCCAGAUGAGGGAGCAUUCAGCCCAAUCUUCUGUGCAGUAUCAGAGGAAAUGGAGGGGAUAACUGGGAAGUAUUGCGACAGUGACUGCUGCCUGGUUCUCCCGGCCCCUUUAGCUCGAGACGCUGCCCUCGCAGUCAAGGACUUUGAAAUCUGCGAAAGGCUGACAGCAAAGCUCUGAAACAAAGCUAUCAGGCAAACGGGCUUGAUAACAGAAAAGUGGUCAAAUUCCACUCUUAAUUUUGACAUAAUGUGUCUUUAAAAUCAUUCAAGAUUAUUUUUUAUAAAAGAGAAGCCCAAACUAAUCAUGUGUUAUAUAUUUGGAAAUGGUAAAGCUUUGUCACUUGCGUGUGAAUAACAGGCCAAAUACUGUGUGUUUAAUCACUUACUUUUCAUAUCAGCUAUCAUAUUGUCUGGGUAAUUCUCAUUCAUGAAAAUAAAUAUGUGAACUAUACAUGUAUAUUAAUAUAUAGUUUCACAAAAGUCAGGUACGUGAAUGAGUGAAAUGAGUUUCCUGAGACAUGCUGACACCAUGUGGUCAAAUUAUUCAGACAUCACAAUGACAACAGAAUAAGUGGCACGAUCACUACUCUUUAUUGACUGAUUGAUUGAAACACAAUAAAACAU